CUCCUGCCGGGAUCCCGCCCCGCGCAGCUGGAGGGCCAUGCGAGGGAAAGAGGCCACGCUCCCUGGACUUCCUCCUGCCCCACUUUGCUUCGCCAGGCGCCGAGGAGGGAGAGGAGCCGGGGGCUGCUCCUGAGGUUGAAGGCGGCUCUCCUUCUGGUCCUUGUGCCGCUGCUGCUGCUGCCAUGAGCGAGCCCCGGGGGGAGAAGGCUGGGCCCGGGUCGGGCGGGUGCCGGUGCAGCAGGCUCCCGGCGGGGCUGUCGCUGCUCUUCUCGCUGCUCUCGGUGGGCGCCUGCCUGCUGCUCAGCGCCAAGACCUCGGCGCUCCAGGGGCGGCUGGGGGCCCUCCAGCAGGAGAUGGCCCUGGCCCAGCAGCCCCGGGGCCCCGGAGCCCCUCCGGAAGAGCCCCUGCUCCUCCUCCAGGCCCUCCAGCCCCGAGUGGAGCAGCUCCUGCAGGAGAAACUAAGUGAAGGAUUAGCUAAACUACGUAUAGCAAGAGAAGCACCAUCUGAAUGCAGGUGUCCACCAGGUCCACCAGGAAGGCGAGGAAAGCCUGGACGGCGAGGAGAGCCAGGUCCUCCAGGGCAGUCAGGACGAGAUGGUUACCCGGGCCCCCUUGGACUGGAUGGCAAGCCAGGGCUUCCAGGACCCAAGGGGGAUAAGGGUGAUCAAGGAGACAUUGGCCCACGAGGAGAUCCUGGUAAAGAUGGUGCUGCAGGCCCACCAGGUCCUCCUGGACAGCCGGGUACAAGAGGGCCACCUGGAGAUACAGGCAAAGAUGGCCCAAGUGGUCCCCCAGGCCUCCCUGGAGAGAAGGGAGAGACUGGAGAAGCUGGCAUCAUGGGUGAGCCUGGUGUUCCAGGAGGGAAAGGUGAUGCUGGAAUCACAGGAGAACCAGGGAUCCAAGGGCCAAAGGGAGAACAAGGAAGUAUUGGCCCCACAGGAGAAAAAGGCAUGGAUGGGCUGCCAGGACCAAAGGGAAAUCAAGGAAGCAUUGGCCCAGUGGGGUUGAGAGGUGCAGAUGGACUACCAGGGCCAAAGGGAGAACCAGGAAGUAUUGGCCCAAUGGGAGAAAAAGGCAUAGAUGGACUACCUGGGUCAAAGGGAGAACCAGGAAGCAUUGGCCCAGUGGGGCAGAGAGGUAUAGAUGGGCUACCGGGGCCAAAGGGAGAAUCAGGAAGUGUUGGUCCUAUGGGAGAAAAAGGCAUAGAUGGCCUACCAGGGCCAAAGGGCAAACAAGGAAGCAUUGGCCCAGUGGGGAAGAGAGGUAUAGAAGGGCUGGCAGGGCCAAAGGGAGAACCAGGAAGUGUUGGCCCAGUGGGAGAAAAGGGAAUAGAUGGGCUACCAGGGCCAAAGGGUAAACGAGGAAGCAUUGGCCCAGUUGGAGAGAGAGGCCUAGAGGGGCUACCAGGGCCAAAGGGAGAACAAGGAGGCAUUGGUCCAAUGGGAGAAAAGGGUAUGGAUGGGCUACCUGGGCCAAAGGGAGAGCCAGGAGGCAUUGGCCCAAUGGGAGAAAAGGGCAUGGAUGGGCUACCAGGGCCAAAGGGAGAACCAGGAGAUAUUGGUCCAGUGGGAGAAAAAGGCAUAGAUGGGCCACCUGGGCCAAAGGGAGAGCCGGGAGGCAGUGGCCCAAUGGGAGAUAAAUGCAUAAAUGGACUACCAGGGCCAAAGGGAGAACCAGGAAGCAAUGGCCCAAUGGGAGAAAAAGGAAUAGAUGGGCUACCUGGGCUGAAGGGAGAACCAGGAAGCAUUGGCCCAAUGGGAGAAAAAGGAAUGGAUGGCUUACCUGGGCCAAAGGGAGAACCAGGAAACUUUGGUGCAGUGGGAGAAAAGGGCAUAGAUGGGCUACCAGGGCCAAAGGGAGAACCAGGAAGCAUUGGCCUUAAGGGAGAAAAAGGCAUAGAUGGGCUACCUGGGCCAAAGGGAGAACCAGGAGACAUUGGUCAAGCAGCAGGAAAAGGCAUAAAUGGGCUACCAGGUCCAAAGGGUGAACCUGGUGAGAAAGGCGCAGAUGGAUACAUCGGGCCAAGGGGACCACCAGGCCUGAAAGGAGAACAAGGAGAUACUGUAAUAAUUGACUAUGAUGGUAGAAUUUUGGAAGCGCUGAAGGCUGCAGGGAAACCCAAGUUGACGGGGCCACCAGGUCCUCAAGGGCCUCCAGGGCCCCAAGGAGCUCCUGGACCAAAGGGGGAACUUGGAUUGCCUGGUCCACCAGGAGUUGAUGGAGAAAAGGGUCCUAAAGGAGCAAAAGGUGACCAAGGAAGCCCAGGUCCAACAGGACAGAAAGGAGAAAUUGGAGAAGAUGGUAUGACAGGUCCACCGGGUCCCAAAGGGUCGAAAGGAGACCAAGGCAGCCCUGGAUUAAGGGGGGUGAAAGGAGAAAUAGGAGAAAUGGGCUUGUCUGGUCCACCAGGGAUUGAUGGACCGAAAGGAGUGCCUGGUGCACCCUGCGAGCAGGAUCUUGUGCACAUCCUACCUGAACCAGGACCUCCUGGCUUACCAGGUCCACCAGGCCCAAUGGGUCCCAAAGGUGUUCAGGGACCCAAGGGUCCCCAAGGAAUUCAAGGACACAAGGGUUCUGAUGGUGCAAGAGGGGUAAAAGGUGAAAGUGGUCAUAAAGGCGAAAAAGGUGCUCCUGGGCCACAUGGGCCUAUUGGUGCUCCAGGGCUUAUUGGCUUACCAGGCACUAAAGGAGAAAAGGGAAAACCAGGGGAACCAGGAUUAGAUGGUUUCCCAGGCCUACGAGGAGAAAAAGGAGAAAAAAGUGAAAGAGGUGAAAAGGGAGAAAGAGGACUGCCAGGCAGAAAAGGAGCAAAGGGUCAAAAAGGAGAGCCAGGUCCCCCUGGAUUGGAUCAGCCUUGUCCAGUGUUCAUUUUUAAAGGGGAGCCAAGUUUACCAGAACUGGAUGGUGUGGAUAUGCUUUGUCCUUUGGGACCAGAUGGAUUACCGGUACCGGGAUGCUGGCACAAGUGAUUCUGCAAGCAUGGACUGUGUAAAUAAUAGUGUGAUAUAUUUUGGUCUUUUUUUAAUUUUUAUACAAAAAGAAGGGAGAAGUCGCAAAAACAAUAAGUCUUCAACAGUAAUAUAUUGAUUGUUUUAUACCGGAUGGUGUCAUGUAUGAAUUUUAAAGAUUGGACAUUCCCAAGCAUACAUAACAUCAGGAGUUUAUAACUGGACACUGAGAUAUCUGGGAAUGAAUGUUAUUCGCUGCUAAUGCUACUGUGUGGAGUGGACUAACAGCACUGAGAAACUUUACCUAGUGUGCCUUUAUGUUGCAUGGAGAAGGAAUGACUUUCUUCUAAACAUUGGUUUUCCAUUUUGCAAUUCUGUUGCACGUAGUCACAGAUGCAAACAGGGGAGAAAACAAAAAAGAAGAAAAAGACACAGCCCUAGAAACAAGGCAGACUGUGUUUUAUGGAUGAAUGUAGGAGGAACUUCCCAUCUGGAAAAGUGAAUACAAGUGUAACCAUACAUGCUGCUACUUGCCUCCACUUUGAAGAAUUCUUUAACAGACAAGGUCAUUACAAUCAGCUCUUAUCAUCUGUGGCUGCUUCUCCUCCUGAAGAAAACUUUACCUCUGGAAUUACCUGUGCUUGCUUAAGUCUGAGAGAUCCCCUUGCAAAACUUUACUGCCACAGAGUUGGGGAAACUCAGAGCACCUCGCUUGCCAAAUCAUUUUUAUUUUCUUUUGAAAAAACAAACAAUGAAAGGAAAUAAUUAUCAGAUUCAUCUCAGUUUUCAUUUUUGGAACAAAUUCUGCUUGAUACCUCUCCCCUAGCAUCAAGACAUGAGUGCCAACUUAUUGGUGCACAUUUGGGAAGGAUUCCCAUAUGAAGUACAGUGCUUACCUCCCUGGACUCCAGGGCUUGUUAUAUCAAAACUUACAAACCGGAUCUUCAUUUUCCAUCUUGCUUCCCACACCGUGUACACAACCAAGUACAUAGUUACUUUGACUAGAACAUUGUUAUUGGUGUAUAAAUACUUCCCAAGCAAAGCUACCUAUGCUCAGAAGCUUAAUAAUAGGAUCAGCAAUUUGUUCAUGGAAGCAGUCCUUUCAGCUUUGGUUUUCCAAAAUAAAGAAAUCUAGGAGAAGCUCUACGUUUUGUAAAGUACAGUAGUUGCAUUGGUAGCAGAUAAUCGUAUCUGAGGGCAGUAAUACCUGGCAGCAGAACCAAACAGAUGAAUAACAGGCCUCUUCCUUAAAUGCGCCUGGGAGUUCUGAUCUAUUGACUGCUACAAAAAGUGUGGAACUGCUCUAGCAGCCAGCCCUAAUGGAUUGUGGAAAUGAACACAAAUAACAAUGGUGGAGUAAAACAUGGUCCCACAUGGGCCCUGAUAUUUAUCCUUGGUAUAACUGGUUUGUAUCUUCUGAUUUCCAAGACUUUAAGCAAGCUCACACAUAGCCUGUGUUCAACUUGUUCAGCUUGUGUUUGCAAUAAGAAGUUAUUUCAUUUCAAGCAGCACUGCCCACAACUGUGUAAUGCUCUAUAUCCCCCACCAGACAAAGUGGCUGUGCUGUUUAUGGGCUCACAUACCUACUUAAUCUUUUCUUCCUCUAGCAGACACAAGUUGGACACACCAGCAGGGUCAGCCCUUGAGCAGUGUUGUGUUCAGAAUACUCUUGUUGGCUGCCCAGGAGACUACACAAUGUUCACCAGUUCCCACCUCUCUUUGUAGACUCAGCACCACAUCUCUUUCUGGUUUGGGGGGUCCUCCAGCCCUCCAGUGCAUAUGAGGGACAUAAGGAAUUACAGGACAUAAGGCAGGUGGGAAUUUACAAACAUUGAUGUUUCCCUUUCUGCUAACUGGAUCAGGACCCUCCAGGGAUAUUAAAAACCAUUAUAUCUGUAGCAUUCAAAGACAUAGUCGUGUUAGUCUGGAAAAUCAAUAUGCAAAGGGGUCUUGUAGCACCUUUGAGGCUACAUGAAAGAAAGAAGUUGGUAGCAUGAACUUUCAUAGACUUCUGAUCAUUUCCUCAAAUGCAUUUUUGGAGUGGAGAAUCCAGAGACAGACCUACAGUAUAUAAGUAAUUUGUGUGUGAGACUGUCAAUUCCAAUUCAAAACCUUGUAGGUAUGGAAUGAGGUGACAAGUUCAUUAUUAACUGUAAUUGUUGAUUGGAAAGAGAAAUAGUAGAAUGCAUCCACAUACUAUAGUCCAUAAGCAAUGGGUUGGCACACUACACACACUACCUAACCCUCAACCUCAUGAGGGUGUCCUUGACCAAUUGGUCUCUCCUCUCUGUUUCCCACACUGCAUUCCAACACUCAUUCAUAUGGUUAUCUACUCUCUUUGACUUCAUGCAACAACCUUCCUCCUGCCUUUGUCCCCCAAUGACCAUUGUUAACAUUGAACUUGUCACCUCAUUUCCACACCCACAAGGCUUUGAGUUUGAAUUGACUUUCUCACACACAAAUAGCUUAUACAGGUCUGUCUAUGGAUUCUCCUUUCCAAAUGUGCAUCUGAAGAAGUAGGCUCAACUCUAUGAAAGUUCAUGCUACCAACUUCUUUCUUUCAGUUAGUUUCAAAGUUGCUGUAAGGUCCCUUAUAUUUAAAUGAGACUUAAGCUGAACCAAUAAUAUUGUACUGGCAAAGCUUUCUUCAGUCUCUUUAAGUUUUGAUUAUUACAUCUUUUAUUUUACAAUGCUGAAGAGUCACAAUCUUAAAAAUGUCAAUAAUGUGCUAAGGUCUGUAAUGAUUACCACAGGAUUUGAGGAUGAAAAGACAUGUGAACAGGACUUGCUUAGGAAGAGUCAGUAUCUGAGAAUCAGACUGAGUUAGGAAGAAAGACUUUGGAAGGAGAGUUAAGAAGGAAGCUAUUACUUUGAUGACAAUGCAGUGAACAGGGCUAAUAACUUUAAUUUUUGUUGGAAAAGAAAAACUUAAUCUGUUUAUCACAUCUCUGUAAUAAUAGCUCUUUGUACAGAUAUUUCUGUGUUCCACAGCUGUUAAAAGGAUUUGCUGCCCUUUGUGAGUUAAGAGUUAGCAGAUAUAGUUGGAAGAAGCUUCAGAACUGAUAAAGCAGUUGAUUUACAGAAAGAAAUUAUGGCUUCACAUGGGUACUUCAAUCAUUUGACCUUGGACAUUUUCAUUAAGUUUGUCUGGCAAUUUUCCUCUCAUUAAUUAUGAAAGUAUUGUCUGAACACCUUUCUCACUAAUUAUCAAAAUGCUGUUCAAACACCAGGAAGCACUAAUAGUGAUCAAAUAGCCACAAAGUUCUUAUGAGCAUUCAUAUGUUUCCAGGAAUAAAGGAAAAUCAUACUUCAUGGUUUGAACAAAACCAAGGAAGCUUGAAUUCCCCUUCCCCCAUUUAUUUUGGUGCUAAUUGGCUCCAUCCUAAUUCAGAGUUCUAGAGAUGGGUUUAAGCAUAUUCCAAAGUGCUGGUUUGCAUUACUGGCCAGACUUCACUUCUGUAAGGAUGGCAUGAUGCUCUCCAGUAGUGUAGGUAGAAGAGGGUUCUGGAAUGCUCUCCUAUGAAUCUUCAGCAAUAUUAUAGAUUAUUUCUAUUUUUACUGCUUGUAGAAGUCUUGUAGACAACCUCCAGGCAAUGUUUUCAAAUAGUGUACAAGUCUUCAUGGUAGAAGAUGCUUAUUAUACAUUUUAAAAAGUAAGACUGAAAAGUUAACAUUGCUUCACCUGUUAACAACUUUGUGAGUUAUAUAUGUUAGCUGUAGUUUAUGGCUUUUGAGGUUUAUUUAACAUUAUUUUGCUCUGGAUGAAUAUUAAGCUGUUCUAUAAAUGAAGAAAAACUACACCAAGUUAAGAAAGAAAAAUUAACAAGCUUCUCAGUUAAAAAUCUUAAUCUCAUAACAUAAGAUCAACUUUCACAACUGCCCUGAAAGUUAAAGGGGUCUGUGCAUAGUUCUGUUUCUGCAUUUAGUGGUCUUUUUCAGGUGGCAAAAAUCAGUGGCAAAUCAGAUCAAUCAACUGACAGCAACAUCGAUUCUUUUAUCUUCUGGUACUUCAAUCUGUACAGUUGGGUUUUUAUAUUAGACACCAAUGCCCUUUCUGUUACUGAGGGAAGGAAAACUGGAGAACACGGAAGGGUAAACUGAGGUUACAAAGGGCUAUAUGGAAAAGAGAGAUUUGUUGUAUGUUGAAAUUGGAUGUUGGGGUUUGUUAAAGUGGAUAUUUUUCAUAGUUGUAUCUCAGUCUGCAGACAGUUGCACACACGUUUUUUGUUUGUUUGAUCAAACACUCAGAAGCUGUUUCAAUAAAAGUCUCACAUUU